AUGCCUAGAAAGUGGCUGAACUUUGAGUUCUCAUUGUUCCUUACUCUAAUUUCAUUUUACAAGGAAAGUCCAAUGCUUGAUCCUUAUUCCGUACUGUUCACUAACGUCUAUGUUAAAGGUUUUGGAGUCGGAGGUUUUGUUUCGUUAUUUGUCAACGACAGGGUUGUUGUUAGUCUGGGUCAGAGCAAUGUUCACAAUGAUUGUGAGGUAGAUGAUGAUGCUUGUCCCAAACAUGUUGCUGAAGAGUUGAAAGAAGAAGUAAGGAGGAUGCUAAGGGUUGAUGCCAAUUUUGAUCCUUCAAACAAAUUGAACUUGAUUGAUUCCUUACAACGCCUUGGUGUGACAUACCACUUUGAAGGAGAGAUUGAGGAGUUGCUAGACCAGAUUAAGGAUACACAUUUGAUUCAAAAUGCAAAAACAGAUAUCAUUCGCCGCACAGCAAAUUACCAUCCCAGCAUUUGGGGUGAUCAAUUCCUCAAAUAUGCUCCUGAUGUUAUGGUAGAUGAGGAUGGUUGUCCUGAACAUGUUGUUGAAGAGUUGAAAGAAGAAGUAAGGAGGAUGCUAAGGGCUGAUGCCAAUUUUGAUCCUUCAAAUAAAUUGAACUUGAUUGAUUCAUUGCAACGCCUUGGUGUGGCAUACCACUUUGAAGGAGAGAUAGAGGAGUUGCUAGAGCAGAUGAAGGAUACAGUACCCCCUGAUCAUGGAAACCAUCUUUACACCAUCGCUCUAUGGUUUCGAUUACUGAGACAACAAGGGUAUAAUGUCUCCUGCAAUGUUUUCAAUAGGUUCAAGGACAGCAAAGCUGGUAGCUUCAAGGAGGACUUACUUAAAGAUGUGUCUGGCUUGCUAUGCUUGUAUGAAGCUACACAUCUCAGGGUACAUGGAGAAGACAUUCUAGAUAAAGCCCUUGCAUUCACUACCACUGAACUUAAAUCUAUGCUUACUCAUCAUCAUCAUGAUUUAAAGCCUCCUCUUACAACACAAGUGAUGCAUGCUUUGAAACAGCCCCUCCACAAGGGCAUGCCAAGAUUAGAAACAAGGCUUUACAUCUCUUUUUAUGAAGAAAUGGAGACAAAGAAUGAGACUCUACUAAAGCUUGCAAAGUUGGAUUUUAAUUCACUGCAGUUAAUUCACCGGCAGGAGCUAAGCCAACUCUCAAGAUGGUGGAAAGAAUUGGACUUUGCAACUAAGCUUCCUUAUGCGAGAGACCGACUGGUGGAAUGCUAUUUUUGGAUAGUGGGAGUGUAUUUUGAGCCAAAUUACUCUCUUGCUAGAAUGAUGUUAACCAAAGUUAUAGCCAUGACUUCAAUUAUAGAUGAUACCUAUGAUGUGUAUGGCACAUUGGAAGAACUCAACCUCUUCACAGAUGCAAUUGAAAGGUGGGACAUAAGGGCCAUGGAUCAACUUCCGGAAUACAUGAAAGUGCUUUAUUCUGCCCUCCUAGAUGUUUACAAUGAAAUUGAGGAAGAGCUGAGGAAGGAAGGACAAUUUUAUCGACUUAAUUAUGCAUUAGAAGCAAUGAAGAGAGUGGUCAGAGCCUACUUCAUAGAAGCCAAAUGGUUUAAUGGAGGAUGCAUUCCAACAUUCGAAGAGUAUAUGAGAACUGCAUUGACCUCCUGUGCUUACCCUAUGCUUACAAUCACAUCCUUCCUUGGCAUGAGAGAUAUUAUUGAGACAAAGGAGGCAUUAGAUUGGGCAAUUGAUGAUCCUAAACUUGUUAGGGCUUCAUCGGUAAUAUGCCGGCUUAUGGAUGAUAUCGUGUCCCACAAGAUGGAGCAAGAAAGAGGACAUGUUUGUUCAAGUGUUGAGUGUUACAUGAAACAACACAGUGUCACCGAGCAAGCGGCAUAUGAUGAGCUUCAAAGAAGAGUGGAUAAGGCAUGGAAAGAUAUAAAUCAAGGAUGCAUCAAACCAACUACUGUUCCAAUGCCAUUUCUGUUACGGAUUCUCAAUUUUACGCGUAUGAUGGAUGUCAUGUAUAAGCAUAAGGAUGAAUACACUAAUGCCUCAAAAGUACUGAAAGAGUACAUCACCGUCUUGUUCAUUGAUCCAAUAUUAUUAUAUGUAAACGGCAAAUGCUGAGCCCCAUUAUGCAUUUAGAUAGAAUUGUAAUAUUUGUAGGUAAAGUGAUUA